GCUUGAGCUUGAGUGGCGUUUUCAAGGAAAACACUAGUUUCCGCGACCGCGUUCUCGCACUUGGACGUAUUUAACUCGCGUCUACUUAUCGUUCAAUUUAUGGUAUAAAUAUUAAUAACCGAUAAUCUUCAAUAAUCAUGAACUUCAUUUAAACACCAAGAAGUUUUUUACUGGCUGAAGAAAUAUGAUUCGCAUAGUUUUGCCAGUUUUAUUAUUAGUGCUGAUUUCAAUAACUGCAGAUGUCAACGCCAAGAAAUCGCGGCAUCAAAGGCUUCAGGAAAUCAACGGCAGUAACACGCAGGUGCCGGUGACUGACGACGGUAUUCUGCCGCUGCCGACAGUCAAACCGGGCGACGAGUAUGUGCAGGAAUCAGGCGAAGACGUGGAAGACGAUAGUGACGACGACGAUGACGACGAAGCCGACGACGACGAUGGCGAUGAAAGCGACGAAGAGGGUGAGGAGUCAGCAGAAGUAUUGGAAAAGCAGAACCCUUGUCUCGUGCACUACUGUGGAAGAGGCGAAGAGUGUGCCGCCCUGGGCGGCGUUGCCCGGUGCAUAUGCGUGCGGAAAUGCGGUCCGGCCAAGCGCAGGGUGUGUGGCACAGACGGACGGCUGUACGACAACAGAUGUGAGCUGCACAGGUCCGGCUGUUUGUCCGGAGUCGACAUAGAGAUAGACCAUUCGUUGAAGUGUUUCAUACCUUCAGCUUCCAAGGCGAAGAAUGUUCGAAUCCUACCGAAAACCGCAGACAACGCCAUUGAACCGGAAACCAAAUCGAAAGAAGCGAAAACAUGCGAUUCCCCGCAAUACGAAAUUAUGAAGGAUAAUUUGUUGCUGAUAAAUCACGCCAAACUCAUGUAUCAAAAAAGUUGGAACGGUGGCAAGGAGUAUAUGGUCAGUGCGUUGUUCCGUUAUUUGGAUUUGGACGGCGAUGGAUUUUUGCAACGCGAAGAACUACAAAAGAUAACUAAACAGGAUAAGCUCGAUGAUAUAUCCGACGUUUGUGUUAUGUCAGACAUGAUUAGCUUUGAAGACAUGGAUAAAGAUGGACGUCUAGGUUUGAACGAAUUCUACGCAGCUUUCAGUAAACUAUACAGCUUGUCGGUGGUCACUCUGGAGAAAGCGCUCGAGAUCAAUAGAAUAUCCGCAAAGGUCGGUGACAACGUGGAAAUCCGAUGUGACGUAAGCGGCAAUCCGCCUCCUCCAAUCGUUUGGAAACGAUAUUCCGCCGAUCUAACGACCCUUGGCGACGAGGACGUGAGGGUUUUCAGCGACGGAUCGCUGUACCUCACCAAAAUACAAUUGGUCCACGCGGGGAAUUACACGUGCAGAGCUCUGAGAAACUCGGAGGUGACCCAGACGCACGUGUUGACUGUUCACACUUUGCCCGAAGUUAAAGUCACGCCUAGAAUUCAAUCUCGAAGACCAGGAGAAAAGACUUCCAUGUUUUGUCACGUAAUUGGAGAACCUUUCCCCGAGGUGGUUUGGCUGAAAAACGAAGAGCGUCUAAAGUUGGACAUGAUGCAAAAGUACAGAGUGGUCGGCAACGGAACCGAACUGAGUAUUAAUAAUAUCGAUUACGCUGACACCGGAGCUUACAUGUGCCAGGCAUCGAACACCGGUGGAGUCACCAGAGACAUAUCGUCAUUAAUCGUUCAAGAAAUUUUGACGCCUAGUGAGUAUGCCGCGCCGAAAGAAGAACGCCGGUUUUUCGCUUUUCACGACUGGGGAGUGUCUGUUUACGAGCCCACCGCUUGCCGGCUCUACCAUCAAAUCCAGUCCACGGACAUCAUACCCGGAACUCAGGAAUACGUUUGCGGAGACAAAGGUGUCAAUUGCAGCUGGGGUCAGGCUAUCAACGUGGCCAACCGUUACGUUUACGUGUCGCAGCCGCUCAAAGACAGAGUGUUGGUCAUCAGCAAGAUUCAGAUGGUCGUCGUCGACGUCGUAAUCACGGACAAAUAUCCAGUGGCUCUGCACUACGUGGCACAUCUGGAUCAAGUGUGGGUGUUGAAUUGGAGGAGCGUGUACGACGACGGCGUGAAGACGAUUCAGGUGAUUAGGGAUGCGUCUCAAAAGCGAAAACACCACACCGUCCACCCAGAACCGAUAGACGGGCAAUUCGAUUUGGUCAGAGAUUUGUUCAUGCCCACAGCACAGGACUUGAGCCACUGGUUCAAGUACGGUUAUGUGAGCCACGCCAACCAAAGAGGACUUUACAAACUGGAUUUGGCCAACAUGCGGUACAUUAGAAGUAUAGACCUGUCACCGUACAACUGCGUGCCCCGCACCCUGCAAUUUUCGUCCUUGUACGGUUUUGUCAUCAUCGAAUGCGAAGAACCGGGAACUGGACACGCAACGGGUCAGGUAAUCUUAGAUUAUUUGACCGACACAGUGGUCAACAAGAAGGCCACGGUCAGAGGAAGUCCUUUGGUUUCACCAGACAGCAGAGUCGUUGUGUCCAUCGACAAGGCCGCCGACGGUGUGACCUUGGUUGUCCAACAAGUUUUAGAAUCUGGCCUCAAAUUUUCAUUCGACGUCAAAACCACUCUAAUGAUUAGUGACAUAGCGUUCUAUCCUUCUCGAACCACACACGGGUAUGAUUUGUACGCCAGCGCCGCUGACAAAGAAGAUAUAUUGUUUCUGAAUCUAUCCAACGGUAAAGUGGAAAUGAUCACCGGCGUGGGCAAGGCCAUGCUUCAGUCGCUGACGCAAUGGGGUAACCCUAACCGUCCAAUAGCCGCUUCCGGUAUCUUCGGUCACUACAUGGUCACGCCGGCCGACGAAGCUCUGUUCGUGAUCAACGGCGAGACCCGGACGGUGAACUGCGAGAUCGGCGGUUUGGUGCAUCCCAGACUGGUCACGUGGGUCACCAUGCAGUUGCAGUGAACACAGACAGAAGACAGAACUCAAAGUUGAAAAAAAAAAUCGCGUUGUUAUUGAUUAAUUAUUAUUAUUAUUAUUACUAUUGUUGAUGCCGUCAUUAUCUCAUUAUUUCUUAUUUUCUCGCUAGGUAUGAUAAUUAUUGUACCAUCAUACCGUCGAGUUGCUUAUUAUAAACAUAUUUUUCGUUUCGUUUGUCAUGACUUACAUACUUCACACAUUAUAAUAUAGUGGUUUAGGCAUACGUUAAGUUUCAAUAUCUCAAUCGCAAUCUCAUGAAAAUUUAUCGUAACAUAAAAUAAAGCAACGAUAAUAAUAUGAUAAUAUACCUAAUAUAUAGUGCAAUGAACCCCCGAGCGCGGCUGCAGUCGACUAUCGUUCGAACACUUUUCACGUUAUUCGGACAUCAUCAUAAUAAUAAUAUGCAUAAUAUUAUAAUAAGCUUAUUUUAUUUUUUCGUGGUUUUUCGUAAUAUUUAUAUCUAGCCAAUGAGUCAAAGUUCGCAACUCAGUCGUUUUUUUGUUUUCCAAACUUUAAUAAAACUGACGGGUUUCAUCGUUUCAGUCAUUUUCCUGACUCCGAGCCAAAUAAUUUAUUAUUUUAUAUUAUUACUAAGUCGUCGUCUUCGUCUCCGUCGUUUUCGAGAUUGUCCAUAGCCUAGACGAUGAUGCACACGUAUUGAUAAUGAUGUGACUAUAAUAUUAUAUUACAAGUAGGUGUAAAUAGAGAUCGUGUGAUGGUAAAAUUUCACUAUGCGCACCAAUAACGGAUACGGUUAGGUUAUUAUUCUCUGAGCGUAUAUGGCCACAUUAUCGGUGAUGAUAUCAUUACUAUAAAAAUAAUAUAUAAUAUAUAUACUCGUUUAUAUUCGUUCGACUCGCGAUAUAUUCCUCUAUAGGGCGUAGUUUGAGGCACGAUACGAGACGACGUUUUUAAAAAUCAAAAUAUAAUAUAUAUACGUAGAAACCAUCGAAAAAUGUGCGACGUUUCAGAUCAACGACCGACGCUUCAGUACAUAUAGAUAACAAUAAUAUUAUGUUUUCGUUUAGUAUAUUAUAAUAAUAUACGCGUAUGAUAUUAGUUUGUCGAGAGUGGAUUUAUAAUAAUAUUAUUCAUUUGACACAAAAUGCGGACGUUUUUCUUUCCACAUUUACAAUUGUCCAAUUAAAAUAUCGAAUAAUUUUAAUAACAUAAAUUAUAUCAAUAUGAACACGAAUACACGAUAUUAUAAUAUUAUACAGACGGAGCUAUACUCAUUAGCUAUUUGUAAAAUAAUAUCUCGGGCGGGUGUGGCAACACAAUUAAAAUACGUCGAUUGUGGACGGUAAGCGUCGUCGUACAGUGGGUCUGUGUGCACAAGAUUAUCCGUCCGAUUUUCGUAGUUUCUUUUCAAUCGUUUGAUCCGUUUACCGCUGUGAUCCGUCUCGAAAAAAAUUGCAUCGUCGACAACCGACGGCGACGUCUGAAUAAAAAAAAAAUAUGAAUAAAUAAAUAUUGUAAUAAUUUUAGUGUUUUACGUGUGUUGUAUAAUAUUAUGAUUAUAAUAUGUAAUGGUACCCAAUAUGGCGUCAUCGUUUAUAUAGGAGAAAAGUACUAUAAUUAAUAUAAUAUAUAAUAUACCUACUUAGACGUAAUAUUAUAUUAUAUAGUAAUAAUAUAUUAUAAAUAAUAAUAUACAAGGUGAUUCUUUAGAAUGUAAGCACUUUUUUCCUAGAAAAUUAUCGACAUUUUUGGAAAUAUUGAUUUUACAUAAAAUUGUAAGUUAUUUAAUAACUAUAUUUUGUAAAGGAAAAUUAAAUCAUUAAGUUUUUACACUUUUGAAUGGCAGCAAUACAUUUAUACCUAAUUUACAUUUUCGUAUACUGAGGCAAAACACUUUUCUUAGAAUUUAAAUAAUACAUUAAUAUUGAUUUUUGAACGAGUAUAGUUAAUAUUCAUUUUACUUAUAAGUUAUAAGUAUUUAGUUCUGGUGAGCAAAGUGGAGCGUGACACAGGGGUACGCCACAAAGUUAGUCCUUUGUACACUAUCCUCUCAUUUAUAUAUUGGUAUAAUCCAUAACAAAUAAAUUUGAUGACGUAAUAUUAAAAAUUAAAAUAAUAUAGGUACAUGGGAUGCAUGUCAGAGAAAUACAAAUGACCACAACGAGUGGCACGUAUGAUAAAGGUAAUAUUGCUUAAAUAAAUUGUUUGUCACGUCAUUAAAUACCUAUUAAGUUAUAACUAAUUAACUUCUCGUUCAAAAUUAGAUUUUUAAAAUACAUUAUUGAAAUCUAAAAACUUAUAGUUUAAAACUGAUAGUGAUAACAAAAAUAAAUUCUUUUCCAAAAAUGUUUUUGAAAUUAUGGAAAAAAAAGAUUCCAAAAACAAUAGUUUGGGAAAUUUGGUGUUAUAAAGAAACACCUUGUAUACAUGAACAUCGAAACGCCCUGCAAUCGGGAUUUUUACGUGUAUAAUAAUAAUAAUAUAUAAAAUAUGUGAUUUGCGGAGUUAGCCGAAACAACCGUUCGCACAUCGGUAAAAUAUUUUGUAAAUAAUACAAUAAUUAUAACUGCAUGACGAAUAUAAAAAAAAUAUUUAUAGUGUUAGACGAGUUAUAAAGUUAUUAAUUAUUCUUAUUAUUAUUGUACACACUAAGAAAUAGUGAAAAUCAUCGUGUACACAUUAAUAAUUAGUUGUGUUUGUUUGUGGAUUUUUUUUAUACAUAAUAUAACGUAUUAUAAUA